CAGCCCUCUCCCCACUGUCACUGCAGCUACUGUUCCUGGGGCACAAUGGAAAGUCUGUUAGAUGCUGCAGCUCCCCCACCCCCGGCCGCACAUGGACAUCUACUGCCCCCACCCCCAGAAACACCAAACGCCACCUUCAAGAAAGUGGAUUUCUCUGAGUUCCUUCAGGAUCGUGGCAAAAUGAUAAGCUGUUGCCGGAAACUUCCCGAUUCUGGUCUUUGUCCCCUCACUCCAGCCGUUUCAGAUUAGAUGCUGAGUCGACUCCCUGCCCCUCCAUCUCUCGGUGACUGUGGACAUGACGGGGUUGGCUGUUUCAGACAGACAUGAGGAGAAAUUUCUUCACUCAAGGGACUGUGAAUCUUUGGAAUUCCCAACUGCAGAGAGUGGAUGCUCGCCUGUUGAGUAUAUUCAAGACAGAGGGGGAGAAAAACAAUGGCUUUGACAUCCUUUACCAUAACAUGAAACACGGACAGAUCUCCGUCAAAGAGCUGGCUGACUUUGUGAGGGAAAGAGCUCUGAUUGAAGAAAUGUAUUCAAAAUCAAUGUCCAAGUUGUCAAAGAUGGUGAGCAACAGUUCACUGGGGACUUUCGCUCCAAUGUGGGAUGUGUUCCGGACCUCAGCUGAUAAAUUGGCACUUUGUCAUUUCGAGUUAGUGCGGAAACUCAACGACUUGAUCAAAGAAAUGAAUCGGUUCAACGAGGAGCAGGUCAAAAUGCACAGGAAGACAAAGGAAGAGGUGUCAGGUACACUGGAAGCUGUGCAGAAUGUCCAAUCCAGUGGCCAGCUCCUGCAGAAAUAUAAAGACAAUUAUCAAAGCAAAUGGCUGGAGUGGGACAGACUGAAAAAGGAUGGGGCUUCUCAGAAAGAGAUUGAUAAGGCUGAAGCCAAAUCAAAGAAAGCUGCAGAAUCUUACAAGGCAAGCAUCAAGAAAUAUCGUACUGCCCGCUCUGACUACCAGCUGAAGAUGGCAGAUGCUGCCCAGAAAUUCCAGCAAGUUGAAGAGAUUCACCUGAGACACAUGAAGGGAUUAAUCAAGUCAUACUCGCACUCCAUUGAAGAUACUCACGUUCAGGUGGGCCAGGUUCAUGAAGAGUUCAAACAGAAUGUGGAGAAUAUUCGGGUACAGGACCUGAUCCAGAAGUAUGCCCUGACCAAAGGGACCGGCAAAGAGAAGCCAGGGCCAAUUGAGUUUGAGGAAUGUAACCCAGAGGUUCUGCUGGAAGCUCCAAAGAAAAGCAAGAGGAAAUCAUUUGUGAUCCCAGGACUUGGCAAGAGAGAGAAGGACACCGAUUCCACGGGCUCUCCGGAUGCUGACUCCAUUAUAAUUCUGUUGCUUCCUGGUCUUGAUCUUGACACUAAAUUAUUCUUUUUUCACAUGACGACUCUGAUUUCUGUGUUUGCUCCAAAUACAGAGGCAACUAUGUUCCAAUGCAGCAGCCCAGGCUCCGAGGCCAGCAGGACAACUGCCUCACAGAAUGGUGACAGCUUUCUGGAUCCACUAUUUGGGCCUCCGUUGGACGCCAUGUUUGAGAAACAAGAACUUGGAGCUCAGUGCCACCAGGUCGAUGGGAAUCCUCUGCCGUUGAGUGCUCCGACCAGCUCCAGUGCACUAGAAACUGUGGAAGACUCUGGACUCGAUUCACCUUCUCUCCCGACUACUGACACCUCCUCACCAUCUCCUGAAUCUAGACCUUGGACCCCCCAGCCCGUCACCCCUCCAGCCUCACUACCACUUAACAGCUGCUUCUCCCCAACCUGCAACGAAGCUUCCUCUCGCCCUGUUCCUGUUUGUAACCUCCUAUCGAAUGAGGGGCCCUCAAGUAUGGAUCUUCACUGUGGCGCAGACAGAGAGCUGUCUCCUGUGGAUACCUGCUCAAACACUGAGCCUUCAGUUCAAACUCCCCAGGGACUGGCCACUAACACCAUCGCUUCAGCUACAGCAGCUUCCAGUGUCCAAGCAGAGGCCUCCGUCAGGGAGACGACACUGGUUGCUCCUCCACGCCGUCACUCAAAAAAGAAACUGUUCGCCAUUCUGCUCGAAGGGACAGACGCAACCAGGCCUGUCAGCCCAUCGGUUCUAUCCCCUGCAGCCAGUCAGAGUCCUGUUGAUGAAGCAGCCAUGACACAUCCCAGCCAGAAUCGAACCACGACUCCAGCCUCAAGUGUGUGUAUUUCCCGAGGACCAAGCCCAGUGACUGUAGGCAGCCAUGACACCUUGCCCAUUGCAGCUGCUUUUACAGAAUGUAUUGAUGCCUACUUCAGGGCUGGAGACUUUGCAAAUGUGAUUGUGAAGCUGACUGGAGAUCUCACCAUGUCCUUCCCAGCGGGAAUCAUUCGGAUCUUCAGCGGGAAUCCAUCGCCAGCUGUCAUCAGCUUCAGGAUUUUGAACGCUAACCGCAUUUCGCAGUUUUUGUCCAACUCACAACUACUGUACAGUGACCUGUCACAGAGCGAUUCCGAUGUGAAAGAUUUCUGGUUGAAUAUGUCUGCACUCACUGUCCAGCUACAGAAACAAGCCAAGCAGAAUCCUGGUGCCUCCUACUUCAACAUUAGCCUCCUCAAAUACCAGGUUUCUACUCUUGACUGCUCGGCCAUUCCUCUGAAAGUUGCUGCUCACUGGAAAUGUGAGUUGGGUUACACAGAGGUCACCCUGGAUUAUGAGCCUGACCCGGGCAGCACAGCGAAGGAGCUGAGAAACCUGCAGACCUUGCUACCACUGGAAGGAGGUGUCAGUAACAUCCAGUCCCAGCCCACUGCUGUCUGGAACUCCAAACAGAAGAGGCUGUGCUGGAAGCUUCCAGAUAUCUGCACCCAAUCAGGACCUGAAGGUAACUCGUGUUGAAAGGGACAGGCUAGACCCAGCACCAUUACGCUGU